UAACAUUGGAUAAAUUCGUUGCCAUAAAACUAUUUUGCGUUGUGGGAUUUGCAACUCUGUCACUUAAAUUGUGAAUGAUAAGAGUAAUAAGAAGUAGCAUUCCAGAAUUUGCCGGCAUCAACAUUGACUUUUCAGAUUAAUUUAUAAUACAAAUAUUUAAUUAAAAUGCCGCUUAAUGUAAAAUUAAAUAAUGAAAAAUCUCCCGACUCAGAAUCUCCACUAAACAGAGCUGACAAUGAAACGAAAGCUGAAAAUGGCACUAAAGCUCCAGAUGUGAAGCCUACUAGUGAGGAAGUGACAAAAGCAAGCUAUGAUUUAUCGAAAUUCAAACUAACACGUAUACUACAAAAUAAUACAUUACGCAAAACCAUAGCGCUACUUGGCACAUUUCCUGAUGUUUCCGAUAAUGAUUUGGCCGUUCUGUUGCUGGAGAAGCAAGCAUUUAAGGAACAAGAUGUGCAAACAGCACAUGAUAAUACCUUAGAAACUGUGCCCAGUAUAUUUAGUGACGCGCUACAAGUCUGUACUGAGUUUAUUAACAACAUUUAUGGCAGUUUUAAAUGUGUUCCAAGUGCUGAGUUAAAUAGCAUUAAGACGACUGUAGUUUAUCCAGCUACAGAAAAGCAUAUUGAAAAGUAUUCAAUAACUCAAAAAUAUCUGAUUGCCGAAACUCCAGCGCUUUAUGAGCAACUAACUUUACCCUAUAUAACGAAUAGCCAGUUUAGUUUAGACUGGGUAUACAAUAUAUUAGAACAUCGGCAGGAAACAGAUCGCAUAGUAUACGAAGAUUCAAAUCCCGAAAAAGGAUACAUACUUUUACCCGAUCUGAAAUGGGAUGGCAAAACUUUAGAAACUCUUUAUUUGCUUGCCAUUGUACACAAGCAUAAUAUUAAAUCUUUACGUGAUCUCAACGAUUCACACUUACCGCUUUUGUAUAAUUUGCGCGAUGGAAUAUCAAAAGCUAUAGAGAAGCGUUAUGGAUUGUGUUAUUCACAGUUACGUAUGUAUUUCCAUUAUCAACCAUCAUUCUACCAUUUGCACUUGCAUAUAAAUCCAGUGCGAGGUGAUGCGCCUGGAAUUUGGUGUGAAAAAUCACAUAUGCUGGAUACGGUUAUAACUAAUAUUGAGUUAAUACCAGACUAUUAUCAGCGUGCAACAUUGCCAUUUGUUUUGUUUGAGGGUUGUAAGUUACUUGAUGAAUUUGAAGAAAAAGGCGCCGUCCGAAAAUCCGCUGAAAAAGUAAACAAUAAAGAGAAAUUAAAUGAUGCAGUGGAAAAAGGUUGUACAGAUGAAUCAGUUGAUGAACCCCAAGUUAAAAAAAUAAAGAUUGAUAAGUCCGUCAAAGAUACAGAAGAAUCUCCAAUUGAAAAGUAAAAAAUAAACGGUGGAAACCCCAGAGCAUAUUUACUUCUCCUCUGCAGAGAAGUAAUUAUUUUUAUUUAUAAUAAACAUUUGACAUCGGAUACUGUAAUAAAUGAAAAGUACUGGAAAAAUUAGUGAACAA